ACAGUCGGCUGGAUCGCCCCCUUGCCCUUGGAACUCACCGCUGCGGUGGGAAUGCUAGAGGACCCCAAAACAAUGGAAAUUCCUGACGACGACGUUGUUCUCUAUCACGUAGGACGUAUAGGCUCGCACUUCGUCGUAAUGGUUGUGUGCCCGCGCAUGGGUAUCGAACCAGCCGCCACGGCCCUUGCCAACAUGCACCGCUCGUUUCCCAACAUCAAACAUGUUCUGGUGGUCGGCAUCGCAGGCGGGAUGCCCUGCUACGGUCCAGAUCUGCAGGAGCAGAUCGUCUUGGGCGAUGUCGUUGUCGGCGUUCCCCAGCAUGGAAGAGGAGGUGUGACGCAUUAUGAGUUCGGUGCGUGGGAGGGCCAGAAAGAAUUGACUGUCAAAGAGUAUACGCUUCACCCGUCCGCUACUCUACUCACUGCGGUGAAUAAUCUGCGAAGCAUGUAUAUGCAGGUGGUGGGAAGUAAGAUCCCGCAGUACCUGGAGGAGUUGCGCAGAGGCUUGAAUGAGCGAUCGAGGCAGGCUUAUGAGGAUCCUGGGGCCGAAUACGAUCAUCUCUUUGAGGACAGCUAUCUUCAUACGGACAGGGGAAGAUUCUGUCAAGGCCUUUGUGACGCGACGCGAGCAAAGCUGCGCAAGAGUCGGGGCAAAAGAGCCGAGCGGAAGAUUGUCAGGUCGAGCGCUAAGAGGAACGAACUCUAUGCAAGGUACAAUAUCAUCUGUCUUGAGAUAGAAGUUGCGGGCGUGAUGAGCGACUACCAGGGUCUGGUGAUCCGGGGAGUCUGCGACUAUGCGGACUCGCACCAGAAUAAGAAGUGGCAGGGCUAUGCGGCAGCGACGGCGGCGGCAUACGCGAAGGAGCUUCUGUUGCUGCUACCGGCAGGUGGAGGGUCGUCGACAGAGUCAUCUCUUCCCGAUGAGAAGAAUGGGACUCGGGGAGAUGGGUGGUAUGUGGGACGGGAUCAGUUUCACAACUCGGGAGGCGGGUUUAUGAACUUCAAUAUGGGCGCAGGGUAUCAAACGAAUAACAACACCGCCGGCAACCAAUAUAAUGCGCCGUUUUAUGGGCAUCCGUCUGCCAUACCGCAGUGGCCCAAGUACUAGCAGGCGGGGUUCAAGUAGACAAUGUCGCUCUCUCUCCUCCGUCGACUGGGACAACUUCUCCACCGCUGACGAGCUCCCUUGCUUUGGCGUCGCAGGCUUCGAGGCUGGCAGAAGUCUUGGUGAAGAAAUCCUGGAUUUCAGAAUCGAUGGAAUAGUUCCUUGCCGCGUCAGGACUCGGGCCAGUGAUGGUGAUCUCGGACGAUUCCUCCAUGGCGUGUUGGCUGGGUGAAAUGACGAGGAAGAAGAUGACGAGGAAGAAGAUGACGAGGAAGAAGAUGACGAGGAAGAAGAUGACGAGGAAGAAGA